AAGAGUGCUGUAAACAUUGUCGAAAACAGUCGCUUAAAGUCCAGAGACGUCAAGUGGUCAGUGCCAGAGCCAGGGAAAGUUGACAUUCUCAAACAGCAUUUGUCGAGAUGAGCGGGGAACAAUAUGUCACUUUUGAUCCCAGUGAGCACCAGCACCUGCGUUACAACCCUCUGCGGGACAGCUGGGUCCUGGUGUCAGCCCACCGUAUGAAGAGACCCUGGGCUGGUCAGGUGGAAAAAAACCCUGAGGAGCACAUACCCAGAUAUGACCCCCGCAACCCACUCUGUCCUGGAAACACCCGUGCAAAUGGAGAGCUAAAUCCAAAAUAUGACAGCACCUUUGUCUUUGAAAAUGACUUCCCUGCACUCCAGCCCGAUUCCCCAGAUCCUGGUUCAGAUCAGCAUCCAUUGUUCCAGUCCAAAGUUGCCAGGGGCGUCUGUAAGGUCAUGUGUUUCCAUCCCUGGUCCGACAUCACUCUGCCUCUCAUGAAAAAACAAGAGGUUGUCAAGGUGAUUGACAAGUGGUCAGAGCUAGUUGAAGAACUAGGCACUACGUACCCAUGGGUGCAGAUCUUUGAGAAUAAGGGGGCUGUGAUGGGUUGCUCAAAUCCACAUCCUCACUGCCAGGUGUGGGCCAGCAGCUUCCUGCCCAAUGAACCGGCUUUGUCAGACCGCUGUCAGAGAGCCUACUACCAGAAACACGGGGAGCCGAUGCUGCUGCAGUACGCCAGACAAGAAGCAGAGAAAAAGGAGCGUGUGGUGGUGGAGAGUCCUGACUGGCUGGCAGUGGUUCCAUACUGGGCCACGUGGCCCUACCAGACGCUGCUGUUACCACGACGACAUGUCCUCAGAAUCAACGACCUGACACCAGAGGAGAGGGAGGGUCUGGCCAUCAUAAUGAAGCGACUGCUGACCAAAUAUGACAAUCUGUUUGAAGUCUCUUUUCCCUACUCCAUGGGCUGGCACGGGGCCCCGACUGGCUGCUACUUAAAAGAAGACAACUCUCACUGGCAGCUGCAUGCUCACUACUACCCUCCUCUGUUGCGAUCAGCUACGGUCAAGAAGUUUAUGGUGGGGUACGAGAUGCUCGCCCAGGAGCAAAGGGACCUCACGCCUGAACAGGCUGCCGAGAAGCUGAGAAACCUCCCAGAGGAGCACUAUAAAAGCAAAGAGAACCAGGAAACUGAAGGAGGAGGAAAAUAAAAGUGAAAGUGCUUUUCUUUGUGUUUAAAAAGUAGUGUAAAAAAAACACGUUAAAGUGCCUUCGCUGACGCAGGGUUUCUGAGAGCUUUCUGUCAUCAGCAUGCGCCAGAUAUUGGCAAUACAUUUGUGUGUACGAAAAGCUGGCACUGGGCUACUUGUUAAUAUGGACUUAACAAUCUGAUUAAACCUCUCAUCAAGUCUUAAAGGAGAUAAUGAGAGGACAUUCGUCUUUUCUUCCCCUCGGUCCCAUCUGUUAAAUUUAUCCCAACUUUGUCGGUGAAAUUCAACACAAACAAACUUUUUGUUUUUGUGAUUCAAAUAAAAUAUUUUGUUCCUUG